CGAAUGCUUGUCUGUGGGCGGGAGAUGCCGCUUGUUUUUGUCUCGGCCUUCUGCGAGGACGCGGAGGUUCAUUUGGAUGUUCAAAAUAUUCUUUUUAAUGAUGUUGUUGUGGGCACCACGGCUUUUCGACGCAUUGUCAUCAUGAACAGCGGUGAUAUCUCGCAGCGCUUCAGGUGGGAUCCGACACUUUCGACACAGAGCGAAAUGAGGGUUGUCCCACCCACAGGUUUGGUUCGUGCCCACUCGGAACAGGUGUGCGAGUUUGUGUAUACCCCAAAAGAUGCAGGGAACGUCUUUAGACGCAAUGUUCGUGUGGAAUUUGAUGACGCCCCAGCCGCAACUGUCAAUGUGGAGGCACAUGCUACUGAGCGGCCCAAGGCGGAGGCAGUUUUGACAUUUUCGUGUUGUGCAAAGGCCACCACUACAAAGACGGUGCCUGUGGAUAAUCCUACGGAUGGGACAUGGACAAUAAAACCUGUCAUUGACAGCCGGCUGUGGACAGCACCCAAAUCAUUUCAAAUAAACCCGAGGAGCACCGCGUUGUUGCCUGUGACGUAUGCGCCAAUGUUUGUCUCCGGAGAGAAAGACACUGCCACCCUCUUUAUCCCGUUCCACAAUGGAGCCGCUCGCGUCAUUGAAUUGGAGGGGGUCGCCUCCCAUCCUAUGGAAGAGGGGAAGGUUGCAGUGAAAACAAUAGAAGCGGGGACCCCACAUCUUGAGAAUUUUGAGGUCUACAACAGUACGACGCAGCCCUUACGUUUUCAAGUUAAUGCUCAGUGGACCCCAGAGCUGGAGAAGGGCAUGGUAACUGUAAAGGCACCUGCGAGUAUUGAUGUUCCCGCCAAACAGAUGAAGAUCUGUGCCAUCACGUUUGUCAUACUAAAGGAGGGUGAUCUUCGUGGGACUGUGCAAUUCCGCUGUCCUGAACGUGAGGAUCAUACACAAGUGUUUGAUUUGGCGCUGCGUGUUGUGCCAAAGAAGGUAUCUUCAAGAACAGAACUUGUGGCAAAAGUACGUAAUGCCGCGAUUCAUCUUAUGCCCGUUAAAAAUCCAUUGGGAAAGAACGCUCAUGCCAACAUACGGGUGGAGAAUGGUAGCGAUGUCAUCUUUGUUGAUUCUUCCAUUAACAUUCCGCCAAAGGGUACCGUGGAUGUUCCCAUUCGCUUCUUCCCUUUGGUGCAUAAGGAGUAUCCAGUGGCGACCGUUACCGCAACGAGCGUGGAGAUUGGCACUGUGUCCUGUCAACUUCUUCUUCGUUCGAAGCCGCCGGAGCCAGAGAAGGUGACGCGGGUUUCAUGCCCUCUUGGACAGACGACUGUUUUUCCACUUCGAUUCACCCACUACUGCAAGUCAAACUGCGAGUUCACCGUCCGCUUCGGCUCCAAGGUGACCCCAUUCUCAAAGGUUGGGAGCUCCAGCAGCGUGAAAAUGCCUGGAACGACGCGUCCGGAGGGACAAGAGGUGUCAAUGGAAAUUCAGUAUGAGCCCACAGUUGUUGGUGAGAUAAAGGAAUCCAUUGAGGUUUUCUCACCUCAAGCAGGUCUUUACAUAUUUCCUGUUUUGGCAUCGUGCCUACCGCCUCAGCGCCAGGGGCCAUUCCUGCUUCGUCUGGGGCAGGUGACCUCUAUUCCUUUUCGAAACGUUUUUCUGGAACCCCUCACACUCACGUUGUCGACGGAUUCGCCCAGUUUUGUGGUGCUCAAAACGACAGAGACCGUGGCAGCAAAGAAAACAAUCAACAUUCAGGUGACGUACAAGCCGGAAGAGGGCGGUAGUGUCUCGCAGACGGGUAAACUCACCGUCUCUGGUGUGAACAAUGGAGAGACGCUGCAGUGGGUGUACUACUUGAAGUGUGGCGUCGUGGAUGUGGGACCCUCCGUGGCCACAGCCUCUUUUAGAGGGAGGGAGUAG